AUGUCCUACCCCUACCUAACGAGCCGCACCUACCGCUGCGGACACCCCUCCGAAAUAAUCCACGUCUCCCGCUCCCCUUCCUCCGGCCGCUUAAUGCACACCAUCGUGCCCCGGCUCCCUGCCUCCGUGCAACGAACAAUGCUCAUGUACUCCACCCUUGAGAAGUGUGCACGGUGUGCUCGUCAGGGUCUACCAAGGGGGAUGGACUCAAAGGGAUGGGCGCGUCACCCUGCUACAGAGCAGGGGGUCUGGAGGCCGGGGAGUCAUGAAGGGGAGAGGAGGGAUUGGUUUAGGGAGGUGUUGGAGGGAUUUAGGUAUGGGAUUGAUCGUGGUAGCGAGGAGGGCCCGGUGCAUGCCCAGUAUGCCAACGAGGACGAGGUAUCUUUCAUUCGGGAUAGUAGGGGAUUGACAGGGUAUGAGAGGGCGGAGAGGAGACAUGCGACGUAUGAGCAACUUGUCAGUGAAGGAUUAGGGGUACUGCCCAGGUUUGACUUUGAGAGAGACUGCGAGGGAGUUGAGGAGGAUCAAGAACCGCUAUUACCAAGCCGGAAUGCUCAAACAAUAGAGGGUCACACAACAGAGCCUCGAAAAGCUGAGCACACGGCUGAAGAGUGGACUGAGAGCGGAGGACAUAUCGGCAGACUAAGUCUUGAAACCAGGCCGCAAUACUACCCACUUGCGCACUCUCCCGUGACAUUACAACAAUCUCAGGAAAACGACGAAUACAUCAGAAGCCGCCUCUCGCCUGAUAGAAUCAUCCACAGAAAUGCAGCCGGCUUCUUCGAAAUGUCCCCCUCAUCAACUCCAAUAUCUCCAAUAUCCCCAUUAUCCCCACCAUGCACGCCCAACACGUGGUAUCUUCGAGGUUCUAGUGGCACUACGCGCAGUGCUAGACUCCCCAGCAGGCCCAUGGUCCGAAAUACCGCAGCAACAUGGCACAGCGCAGAAGCGAGACUGAUGCGUAGUUUAUCUGGGAAAGGAGCUAAACGAACUGAAACCGAGAGCUGCGACUCCACGCCUCGACACAGAGCGAUGAGGACUCUGUGGCGAGUGGUGACGAAGUCGGGCUCCUGA